AUGGGUGCUCUUGCUCCAGUUGCUAUAGGCACAAGAGGCACAAUAGGAUCUCUAGUCAGAAAGGAAAUUGAAUACUUCACUAAAGUUGAGUUAGACAAAUUUGGAAAUUCACAAAAGCCUCAGCCAAACAGCAAUGUGAACAUGGUUUCUAGCAAAGCCAAGUCUAGUUUUUUGAUGUUGUUAAAGAGGAAGAAGCAAAGAGGUCCAAAUGAAUUUCUACCAAAAACAUGUUCAGUAACAGAAAGCAAUUAUUUCAAUAGAGUUCCUGGUUGCAGGUACAGGAUCCUUAAGGAUCAUGACAUUAACUGA